AUGUCUGCUGUGCCGGCGCAGUCGGCCGUAUUCUCACCCGGAAACCUAACCCUGGAAACCAUCCCAUCAGCGCUUGCCACCCCUAGAGCUAGAUCCCAUCCUACUUCCAGACCGAUCAAGAUGACUUCCAAGGCUGCCGUUUCCCACAAGUUUUUCGUCGACUUCAAGAAACCCGCCAGCGAUGGUGUGUUCGAUGGUCCCGCUUUCGAGAAGUUUCUCCACGAUCGAAUCAAGGUUGACGGUCGGGCCGGCCAACUCGGCGACAAAAUCAAAAUCCAGUCAGAGGGUGUUCACAAACUCUCGGUCUCCUCGACAAUCCCAUUCUCGAAACGUUACCUCAAAUACCUGACGAAAAAGUUCCUCAAGAAACACCAGAUCCGAAACUACAUUCGUGUGAUUGCCUCGAGCAAGAAUACUUAUGAGCUCAGAUACUUCUUGGUAGACGAGCCGGACGCAGAGGAGGAAGACGACGCAUAA